AUGUCGCUGGGGUACGCCUCGCGCCUGUCGUAUCGCGAAGACCUCGGGGGGCAGCUGGGGGCGCGGGAGCUGUUUGACUCUCCCGAGAAGCUUCGAGAGGGUGUUGAUCGGCUGUCCAAAUGGAUACAAGAAGCGAGUCGCGUCAUAGUGUUCACAGGGGCCGGCAUCUCAACAGCAUGUGGCAUACCAGACUUCAGAGGUCCCAAAGGCAUUUGGACCCUCCAGAGAGCAGGCAAACCUCUUCCGUCUUUGAAAACUAGCUUUGAGAUGGCUCGGCCAAGCUUGACUCAUCAGGCAUUGUCCGGACUUGUAUCAUGUGGCAAGGUGGUCCACAUAGUUAGUCAAAAUGUGGAUGGUCUGCACUUGAGAUCUGGCAUUCCAAGGGACAAGCUUGCGGAGCUGCAUGGAAACUGCUUUGCUGAACGUUGCCCCAAAUGUGGCAAGGAGUACAUACGAGACUUUGAAAUGCAAACAGUUGGUUUCCAAUGCACAGGCCGCACGUGUACUGUCAGCGGAUGUCGCGGAAGGCUGCGCGACCACAUCCUUGACUGGGACGACCCUUUGCCAGAGAAUGAGCUAGCCCAGUCAGAGAAAAUUGCAGCACAAGCGGAUCUAGCUUUAUGUCUUGGGACGAGUCUACAGAUCAUCCCAGCACGCGAUAUACCUUUGGAGACAGUCAAAGCUGGUGGGAGACUGGCAAUUGUCAAUCUUCAGAAGACCCCCAGGGACAAGAAUGCAGACCUUGUCAUACAUGCAAAGUCUGACGAGGUCAUGAAGCUCCUGAUGGCCGAGUUAGACCAGGAGGGUCCAGGCCAAAUCUAUGGGAAGUGUUUUAUGGCCACAACUGUAGCACCCGCGAUAUGA